AUGGCCAGGACCGGGGAGGUGACAAGGUGCGGCCAGGCACCUGGGCAGGACACGCAGCAAAAAGGGGCCGAGUUCACCCUACAAGGGGACGUCAGCUUGUCCAAGCCUGAGGUGACAGGCAUGCCGCGGCAUCGGCCGCGCUCGCCCGCGCGCAGCGACCGCCCCCCCCCCACUCCGGCGGGACAGCCAAUCGCCGCCUUCGCUCGACGUGCGUGGGUGACGGCACGGGAGGCGGUAUAUAAGCCGGCGGCGGCCAAAACCCCUUUGCUGAGCAGUAAGGGUGGUGACCUGCUUCCUGCCGGCACUGAGGACUACAUCCAUAUAAGGAUCCAGCAGUCGGAACGCAGGAAGACCCUCACCACUGUCCAGGGCAAUCGCCGGAUGAUUACGAUAAAAGAAACUGUUGAAGGCCUUCAGAAGAAAUUUUUGCCUGCGAAUGGUACUGUGAUCGAACACCCUGUUGGAGAAGUGAUUAAGUUGCAAGGUGACCAGCGCAAGAACAUAUGCCAGUUCCUCGUAGAGAUUGGACUGGCUAAAGACGACCAGCUGAAAGUCCAUGGGUUUUAAGUGCCUGUGGGUCACUGAAGCUUUAUGCAAGAAGAUUUCCUUACAAUGAAAUUCCCAUCUGUCCCUUGUCAUAAGUUUAAAACCAGCCGGUUUGUGUAAUGUAACAAUCUUGGGUCCACUGUUCAGUCUGGACUAGUGUAAUUCAGUGAUGUAAUAAACUGACACGAGCCCAUGCUA